CCCUACGUGUGAUCUGCAAAUAGUAGUUCCAACUUGAGCAACAGAGCUUUUGAAAAACAAAGGCACUCGAGCAACCGGUCGGACAUGGCAGGAACGGCGGUGAGCAUGGCGAGGUCCAUGCUGGGGGGUGCCAUCUGCAAGGCUGCCUCGGCCGCCGCCGCCGAGAUGAGCUUGUUGAUGGGCGUGCGGAAGGAUAUUUGGUUUAUUAAAGAUGAGCUAGAGACAAUGCAGGCAUUUCUGCUGACUGCUGAAGCGAUUAAGAUGAAAGACAUUCUACUAAAGGUGUGGGCGAAGCAGGUCAGAGACUUAUCGUACAAUAUUGAAGAUUGCCUUAGUGAAUUCAUGGUGCAUGUGAGAAGCCAAAGCUUGUCGCGGAGGCUGAUAAAGCUCAAAGACCGCCAUCAGAUUGCCAUGCAGAUCCGUGACCUCAAACUCAGAGUUGAAGAAGUAAGCAUUAGGAAUGCACGCUACAACCUGAUCAAGACGGAGGCCUCCAACGCCGUCGAGGAGGUGGAUUCCUACAACGAAGAUGUUCGCAACCAUGCGGCUAGCAACAUUGAUGAAGCAGAACUUGUGGGCUUUUCCAAGCCUAAGGAGGAGUUGACGACCUCUCCAAGUGGACGACCUCUCCAAGUACCUCAUGCAAGAGCUCAAGGAUAGAAGAGGAGUGGCAUGAUCUUUGGGUUCAUUGAUGGAGCAACUGCAAGCCUCACGAUCUCAGCUCAAAUUUCCCCUUGACGAUUGCUGGCCCAGAUGAUCAACCUGAUGAGAAGACAUGUAACUGAAGACACCAGAGUAGUUGCUUUGUUUACUUUGAGUUUGUUGUGGACCGGGAGUGACAGAUGAUCUACGCUGACGACGAGUUUCUGGUUGAUUAUGUCCUCUGUGACGUUAUACAGUUUGAAGUUGCCAUACUUAGCAGGAAGAGAUUUCUGUUUUCAUAAUAAUCACAUUAAAGCUUUGUACAAAUUUAUUCCCCGGGGGAGAAGAUGUGGAGAUCCAACUAUACAAGAUGCUACUGAGGAGCGACACAUAUCUUGUGGGUAUCGGUGGAACAGAGGCGAUGGAGCAAGGUCUCGCAUCAAAAAUACAAGUGGCAACUACGGGUACUGCUGAUUUGGGUGGAACAAAGGCGAUGGAGCAUCGUUAGUCCCCCAAACCUAAAUGUGGACCGAAAGUGGGUUGUAAUUUAAUUGUGUCAGCCGGGUCUUGAACUCAAGACCUCUUAACUUUGAUACCAUGUAGAAGUAACGCCUUUAGAAUGUUCACCGCUGAAACCUCUCAAAGAUGGCUGAAGCUGUCACCAUGCAUAAGAUCCAUGUCCAUGAUCACCAUCACUCCAAUAGCAAUUUUAGAGCAGAAAAAAUCCCAACCAUCA